GUAUCAAACAAUUGAAAUAAGUCUUUUUCGUUAUUCCUUCAAUUUGAUUUUAAUGAAUUCGGUAUCAGUUUAAAGUUAAGAGUUUAACCUUUUAAAUUAUGUCACUUUUAUAAUUAUAAAAAAAAUAUUUAGUACACAGGAUCUCGCGAAAUUAAUUUCAAGUAAGUGAUUCCAGACUUUUGCUCGCGAGUGUACAAUACUAUAAAAGCUGUGAUGUCAGAUUGUUUUCGGCAAACGGUGACAUGGAAAGUUAACGGUGAAUUUUUUGGACUUCAUUGGAUAUUAGGUUUAGAUAUAUUGGAAUUUUUUUUUUAAAUACUUUAAGAUUUUUGAUAUCAAUUUAACGAUAUUGUUAUUUUUUUUAAUCGAUACUGAAUGGCGUCGAUAUAUCGAUACGUUUCAAUCCGCUUACAGAAUAAGUCAAUGGUUUUAUGACAUUGAUAGUGACAGUACACUCAGUGUGACAGGACAGCACAAAUUACAGUGUGACAGUGACAGCAAGACGGGUGGUUUAUCUGCGCAAGCGCAUGCGUAGUGUAAAAAAAACUCGUUUACGUGUCCGGGUACCCGAUUUAAUAGUAUUCGUUCAACAGACAAUUUUUUUCAUUGUCUUUAAAAAUAUUUCAGUUGCUCUGUACAAGAAGUAUCCACUUGGGAAAGUUUAGAAGUGGAUUCAUAUUACGAUCUGCUUGUUGCGAAUGCCCUACUUAAUUAUAAUUUAGAUAUUGAUGAAACACAAAAGUAAGUUAACUUUAAUAAAAUAUUUAUUACAGUUAAUUGUAUUAUCUGUUUAUGUGAUUUUUAACACUAAUUCUACAUUUUCCUUUAUUUUUUGUAACAACGUAACAUACCUACUUGAAUAAUUGUUUACUCAGCUUACUUUUCGCCAUGGUAUUAAGUAAACAAUAUUUAUUAUUUAUAUACUAACAUUGCUUUGCAACUGCCGUAGCAUCUCGUUAUAUUAUUAGAUAUAUUUGGCAUUCACAAUUUCAAUUAUAUUUUUUAUUUUUUUUAUGAUAGAUUGUUCUGUCUUUUUUGUAGCACAUAAUGAACGAUACUAGCACAGAUACAAUAACAUUUGAAGAUUUAGAAGCAACAGAUGUGAUUUGUGUGGAGCUUAUCCCUGAGCGUAAAGGGCUUAUUCUAAAGCAUUGUGAAUACUUUGUCAGUUCUCGCAGACAUGGAACAACAGUAACUAGGAGAUAUAAUGAUUUUGCACAGCUACAGGAUGUAUUAUUCGCUAAAUACCCAUACCGGUCAGUCUGUCGUUUGCCACCAAAACGAAUGGUCGUUAAUGGCGGCAGUCCCCGUUUUCUUCAGCGAAGGAGAGCGGCGUUGCAGCGCUGGUUGACUCUAGUAGCCCGCCACCCAGUUUUAGCACAUGACGCAGACUUGCGUAGUUUUUUGUGUGAAGCAACUGUCAGACUAGACAAGCCCAAACAUGAUGAGUUUGUGCUGGCGGGCACUCAGCAAGAUAAUUCGAGAGACAUGUCAACAGAUGAGAUGCAGGCUACAUUCUCCACUGAUCAAGAACAACUACGCUUAGCGCAGUUGGGGAUAAGCAGGAUAUAUCAAAUAUUCGAGAGAGUGGAAGGUAGGUGUGAAGCUGAACGAGCUGAUAUACGAGAAAUGGGGGCCGGUUUAAACGCAUUAUCGACGCCGUCAGUUGCCGAUGGACCGAGGUGGUCUCAUGCUAAGGAAGCGAUGAAAGCUGCUGCGGAUUUGGUGACGGAAAUGAGUGAUUCUCCACAAGACGAAUUAGACUUCACAGAAGACGGUUCAGGUUGCAAGGUGUUGCUCGCGCUUGAUGCACUGGGUGGAUAUAGGUAAGAUUAGGCCUAUAUAAAAGUAAGUUUAGAAUAGCAAUAAAGUAAUAAAUAAACUGUGGAAUUAUUCUGUUCAUAAAUAAAUCUAUGGUUCUGAUAUAUGCCCUUUCCGCCCAAUUUAUGCAUGCGCGAAUAGAUA